CUCACGCAGCUUUUCCCCUUUUCCUGCGUGUUGUCGCGGUUUUCUCUCCGGAGUGAACACGAAGGGGGACUCCAUGAAAGAUGACAGAGGAGGUGAUUGUUGUAGCCAAGUGGGACUACACGGCCCAGCAGGACCAGGAACUUGACAUCCGUAAAAAUGAGCGUCUCUACCUCCUGGACGACUCAAAGACCUGGUGGCGUGUUCGCAACGCUACAAACCAAACGGGUUAUGUGCCAUCCAACUACGUAGAACGCAAGAACAGCCUGAAGAAAGGCUCGCUGGUGAAGAACAUCAAAGAUACGCUGGGUUUGGGAAAAACUAGGAGGAAGACGAGCGCCCGCGAUGCUUCUCCAACACCAAGCUCAGAUACAGAGUACCCCUCCAAUGGCAGCAGGGGUGGAGGAGGAGCCGCUGAGAGAAUCUACGACCUCAACAUCCCGGCCGUCGUCAAGUUUGCCUACAUGUCAGAGAGGGAAGACGAGCUGACCCUGGUCAAGGCAUCCCAGGUCAUGGUAAUGGAGAAGUGCAGUGACGGCUGGUGGCGGGGCAGCCAGGGAGGCCACGUGGGCUGGUUUCCUUCUAACUACGUCCAGGAGGAGCUCGGAGGUGCUGAAGACGGAGGCGAGGGGGAUUCCUCGAGGGGUUACCAUGCAGUGUCUCAAGGGACUUUGAUGGCCAAUGGGUGCGCUGGUGGUUACGAUGAGGUGCUCCACCUUGUUCAAACGCUCUACCCCUUCAACUCGGUGACAGAGGAGGAGCUGAACUUUGACAAGGGAGAGGUCAUGGAGGUGGUGGAGAAGCCCGAGAACGACCCCGAGUGGUGGAAGUGUAAGAACUCGCGUGGCAUUGUCGGCCUGGUACCUAAAAACUAUGUGAUGAUUCUGGAUGAGCAGCCCGGCCUGCCUUCCUCUAAGCCGAGCUCCCCGCAGAACCGGGUCGUGGCGCCGGCACGCUCAGGGAAGUUCGCCGGGAAGGACUGGUACUACGGCGGCGUCUCCAGACACCAGGCUGAGGCGAUACUCAACGAUAGAGGAGAGGAGGGGGACUUCCUCAUACGAGACAGCGAGUCAUCGCCCAGUGAUUUCUCGGUGUCUCUAAAAGCAGCUGGUAAGAAUAAGCACUUCAAGGUGCGGCUCGCGGAGGGAGUGUUCUGUAUCGGCCAGCGCAGGUUCAACUCCAUCGAGGAACUCGUGGAGCACUACAAGAAGGCCCCCAUCUUUACCAGUGAACAGGGAGAGAAGCUCUACCUGGUCAAAGCACUGCUGUGAUUCCCUCACCCUCACAUCUACACUGGAUCUCACACAAACACACAAGUAAUACUAACACCUCUCCCUAACUGUCUCAACUCAAGCCUUAGCUCUGAACCCUCCCGCUGUGGCGUCUCUACCAGACACUCAGUCUCUCCCUUGAGUUUUAUCCGUCACCUUCCUGAGGCGACCGAGGUGAAAGUCUUUCUAGCUCUGAACGCCCGAGUCUGUGACCGCACUUCCCCAGCUGCAUCCUUCACGUGCAGCUCAGUGCGUAGGAAUAUAAAUACUUCUCCGGUCUGGACGUGCGAAGAUGCAGUGACACACCUGCUGCUACCAGAGCGCCUGAGGCCUUGGUCGGGGGUCGAGCUCUCCUUCUGAUGUCACACAUGAUACAUUAACUUCCACGCACAUUGUAGGUUAAAACCAUUAUUGCUCUUAAUCCACACACAGAAGACGGACGUCAUCAGUUCAGAGAGGACUCUGAGGGACCUUGCUCCGGUGUCGUUCUGUCGUCGCUGGCCAUUGUUUUAGUUUGUCUCUUAAAUGUUUGUCUUUUAUUUUUUCAAAGCAUAUUUAAUUUCCUCUCUGGAGGUC